CUUUAAUGCACGGCGGUAGCGCGCCGGCCCCGCUGCUGUCAGCGCAGUGCGCUUGGGCUGAGGUCGAUCCGCAGACUCCGCUUCCGUGUUUCGCGCACAACCGACGCCGGAGGAAGUGGGGGCUCUCAGAGUGUGAGAAAUACACGCGCUUUGAGCCGUGAAAACCGGACAGUGGUUUCACGCCGGGAGAAAGAGAAGCAAAAAGAUUGGACGGAAACGAAGCGACGCGUAUUGCGUUUUUUUUUUAACGGAGUCAACGACUAGGAACAAGAGCGCGGACUCGCUGGCGCGUCCCCCGAUGCUGUCGGCGACAGACGACCAGUCAUCGCGACUCGCACCGGAGCAUCGGCUGCGCCUCGGUUGCGGAUGCUUGGGCGGGAGGAAAUUGCCUUAAGAGGGGAGGAAAAGCGACGUUAUCGGAUGUGUGGGGUGGUCGCGGCUUGGUAGAGCGGUGGGGGAAGGCGGGCCAGACGGGAGCUGGGUGGCCGGUUUCAUGUUUAAUUGCACUGACGCUUAGUUUAAUAGGCGGCGAGCGCGCGGCGUCUUGUGACGGUUGUCACCAUUGACCGAAAAAGAGGAUAAUGAAGUUUCGCAAGAGCUAGCGAAUGUUAGCCAGCUUGCCCUUUCCUCAGAUUUUUUUAAGGAAUAUCUCUAUUAUUCCAUUAACCAAGCUGAGAAAACAACAGACAUAUCAGUGUUGGGGGUUGUCAAAGGACAGGAAGAGUGGCACGGCUUUAACUCGGGGCGGAGAGGCUGCCAUCUAAAUAGUUAGCCUGCUUGCUAACGUUCUGCUAAUUUCCUUUUCCGUCGUCCCCUCCCCCCCGCCGCAAGAGGGGGGAAAAACGCUAGAAAAACACCCGCAACACAGAAAGACAGAAAAAAUUAGAGGAACUGGGUAGGCUGACGAGGUGGCGGAACCAGGCAGCUUCAGGCUGCAUUUGGCAGAUUUGAGGAAGUUACCUGCCAGGCUGCUUAUUUUAGACCCGAUUAACUGGCUUGUUGAUUAACCGGAGUUGCCUACUAGUUACCAAGGAGCUGGCUGGGGUUAACCGGUCAGUAUCGCGCUAGAGAGAGCUAAUUAAUUAGGGGCUUGUUAAUCAAAUCGCUCAUUUGAACUUAAGGUGUAUGGUAGCUGGAGUUGCUAACGAAGUAUCAGGUCGUUAACUGGAGGGGGGGACGGAGUCAGUCGCACCCCCUUCUUGGCCAAGAAAAUGGAGAAGCCGUCGAGUUGGUUUCAGUUUUCUGCUUGUCAUUCUCAGGCACUACACAGCUAUUAAUUUAGUGUUUCUGAUAGCUAGCCAGCCAUGUUUGAGUACCUUAGGGCUACACGCGCGUCUCCCGUGUUUACAGACGCUCGUAGACAAUUAACUAGUCGCCUUGUUAACAUUAACUAGCUGGUCGCCGGUGCUUCCUUUUGCAGUAUCGGCGGAGGUUUGAGUAGCAGGAAGCGAGGCGACGAGCGCGACCAUAAACAAACGUGGCGUGAAUUUGGUAGCAAAAUUUGAUAUUUUCUGUCUUUUUUUUCCCCCGAUGCAUGAAUAUUUCCCGAUAUAAAUAUGAGGUGGUCUUCGGCAUACGGAUUUACAGUGGCGCACAAGUCGUUCAUCUUUUAUACCGUCUGUAGUCUCUAGCUGCUUUUUAUUAUUACAUCGUCGCUGUUUUAAUAUUGUCUUCAAAAUGGAGAUUGUAUUUUGACUCUAGUUCAUCACCAGCUCACUGGGUUUGAUGUGUGUUGGACAGUUCCGUACCGUUUUAAAAUAUAUAUUUAUAUAAAUGAGCUACUUAUUUUAAAUGUGGAUGCAUCAUAAAAUACAGACCUAUCUUAUAUCUGCCAUUUUUUUCUGCAUGCCCACUGAUGAUAUAUAGUUGCUGUAUUACACCGCAGCAUUAACAUUUCGCCCAGUUGGGUCACUUGGUUUAAGUGCUGGUAAAUUUUUGCUACGACCCGACCGUGUGUUUCAAUCAGCAACGUUGUGGCUUCUUGACAAAGCGUGUUGGGGAGGGGGGAGUGGGAUAAAAAAAAUUAAAAUAAAAAUUUGCAACAUCUAUUAGACUACUGUCAGUGCUGUCGGAAUUAACUCACUGAACUGGUGACAUAUUCUGCCACGUUUGGUGAAUCGGAUAAUGCGUUGAUGAGAACGCUACCCUGUUUCUGUGCUUUUGCAAGAGCCACCGCGAAUCUUAACAGCCGAUCUGCGUCUGAAAUCGCAACAUCUCCGAAUAUACCUUUUUACCUCGGCCGGCAUAGUCACUAUGCCUUUCUGGAUGAAACUCUGAGCAUUGCAAGCAGGCGAGGAAUAACCGGCACCCCAGAAGCGAGGAGAUUAAGCAUUGCGCGACCCCCGAGCCCCGCGUUUGCUCCCCUCCUCUCCGCCCCUCCUGGAUCCCCAGACCCCGCGGCGUCUGGCUUUUGAUCCUGAGAUACAGGCACCUUCCUCGGUGCGGCUUCGCCUCCGCGUCCCCACGACUUUCCCAGGGCAGUCUCGCAUCGAUUUGGGCUAACCCCGGGGGCUGAAGAUGGCGGACCUCGAGGCAGUUCUCGCCGAUGUCAGCUACCUGAUGGCCAUGGAGAAGAGCAAAUCUACUCCAGCGGCCCGGGCGAGCAAGAAGAUCGUCCUUCCCGAACCCAGUAUUCGGAGCGUCAUGCAGAAGUACCUAGAAGAGAGGGAUGAGCUGACAUUCGACAAAAUCUUUAACCAGAAGAUAGGGUUCCUGUUAUUCAAAGAUUUCUGUAUGAAUGAGAUCGAUGAGGCAGUCCCACAACUCAAAUUCUAUGAAGAGAUCAAGGAGUACGAGAAGUUGGACUCCGAAGAGGAUCGACUCUGCCGUAGCCGACAGAUCUAUGACACCUAUAUAAUGAAGGAGCUGCUAUCCUGCUCUCACCCCUUUUCCAAGACGGCAGUGGACCACGUUCAGUCUCACCUGGCCAAGAAGCAGGUGCCUCCUAGCCUCUUCCAGCCCUACAUUGUGGAGAUCUGUGAUAGUCUGCGGGGCAAGAUCUUUCUGAAAUUCAUUGAAAGUGACAAGUUCACUCGCUUCUGCCAGUGGAAGAAUGUCGAGCUCAACAUUCAUCUGACGAUGAAUGACUUCAGCGUCCACCGGAUCAUUGGCAGGGGCGGCUUCGGCGAGGUCUAUGGCUGCCGGAAGGCAGACACGGGAAAGAUGUACGCGAUGAAGUGUCUGGACAAGAAGAGGAUAAAGAUGAAGCAGGGCGAGACUCUGGCGCUUAAUGAGAGGAUCAUGCUGUCGCUCGUCAGCACUGGGGAUUGCCCCUUCAUCGUGUGUAUGACAUAUGCCUUCCACACUCCUGACAAGCUUUGCUUUAUCUUGGACUUGAUGAACGGUGGCGACUUGCACUAUCACCUGUCCCAGCAUGGCGUCUUCAGCGAGAAGGAGAUGCGUUUCUAUGCCGCCGAGAUCAUCCUGGGCCUGGAGCACAUGCACAACCGCUUUGUCGUCUACAGGGACCUCAAGCCCGCCAACAUCCUCCUGGAUGAACAUGGCCACGUGCGAAUUUCUGACCUGGGCCUUGCCUGUGACUUCUCUAAGAAGAAGCCCCACGCCAGUGUGGGAACUCACGGGUACAUGGCACCAGAGGUCCUGCAGAAAGGGACAGCUUACGACAGCAGUGCCGACUGGUUCUCCUUGGGCUGCAUGCUGUUCAAGCUGCUGAGAGGGCACAGUCCAUUCCGGCAGCACAAGACCAAAGACAAACACGAGAUUGACCGCAUGACCCUCACCAUGAACGUGGAGCUGCCGGACUCCUUCUCACCGGAGCUGAAGUCGCUGCUGGAGGGGCUGCUGCAGAGGGACGUGGCCAAGCGGCUGGGAUGCCAGGGGAGAGGGGCCUCAGAGGUGAAGGAGCAUGUUUUCUUCAAAGGCAUUGACUGGCAGCAGGUCUAUCUCCAGAAGUAUUCCCCGCCCCUGAUUCCCCCCAGGGGGGAGGUCAAUGCCGCAGACGCUUUCGACAUUGGCUCCUUCGACGAAGAAGACACCAAGGGCAUCAAGCUCUUAGAAAGUGACCAGGAGCUCUACAAGAACUUCCCGCUAGUGAUCUCCGAACGCUGGCAGCAAGAAGUGGCCGAGACAGUGUACGAUGCCGUCAACAGCGACACCGACAAGAACGAGACCCGCAAGCGGGCCAAGAACAAGCAGCAGGGCCACGAGGAGGACUACGCCCUGGGGAAGGACUGCAUCAUGCACGGAUACAUGCUGAAGCUUGGGAACCCCUUCCUGACCCAAUGGCAGCGGCGCUACUUCUACCUCUUCCCCAACCGCCUGGAGUGGAGGGGAGAAGGGGAAUCGCGGCAAAACCUGCUGACCAUGGAGCAGAUAUCGACGGUGGAGGAAACGCAGAUCAAGGACAAAAAAUGCAUUUUGCUGAAGAUGAAGGGAGGGAAGCAGUUCGUCCUACAGUGUGAGAGUGACCCAGAGUUCAUCCAGUGGAAGAAGGAGCUGACUGAGGCCUUCACCGAGGCGCAGAAGCUGCUCCGCCGGGCGCCCAAGGUCAUCGGGAAAAGCCGCGGCCCCGUGGUAGAAUUGUCCAAGCCACCGCUCGCGCACCGCAACAGCAACGGCCUCUGAGCCCCCCGCCGCCUGCCUGCCCGCCCGCUCGCCCAUGCCCCCUCCAGCCCUAGCUUAGAUCUGCCCCUAGCAUAACGACAGCAUCCAGUUACCCCUCCUGCCCACAGCCUGCCUCUGACAAAGAGAAAGAAUACCUUUGUGUCCGACAACGGAGUGUGCUGCUGUCAGAACUCC